CUAGACUACAAAAAGCAGCAUGCGUUCUCCCGCCUCAUAUCCCGAAGUCAGUCCACACUUGAACAAGUCGUCGAGCUCGCAAGAGGCCAGUCUCCAGAGGACCCCCGCCCGAACAAAGCGCUAUCCCCGAACCGUCUUCAUCGACUACUGGAGGGAUUCGAGCACCGCGACUCACUAUGCAGCGCAGCACGGUUUGGCAUUGAUCCUCAAUGGUCCACGCAAAAUCAAGAGCAGCAGGAGCAGCAGCGCAUUCCAACAAAUCACAAGUCUGCCGAUCGCCACCUUAAUACAGUGGUGAAAAGCGUCCGCGAAGGCCAAGACGGAGGACAGUAUUUGGUACUGGACGCAAACGUGCUCGAAACACUCGGCAACAUUCGAAUCAGCCCGCUCGGUGCAGUCCCGAAAGCAAACACGGACCCCCAGCUCGAAACUCGCCUAAUUCAUGACCUGUCGUACCCCAUUGGCAGCUCAACCAACGAUGCAUCGGACAAAAGCUCGUUCCCAGAGGUGCGGUACCGGCACGUGGCGGCAGUCGCGAGAAGAAUUGAGGAGUGCUACGCGCAGAACCCAAUGAUCACCAUCUACGUAAUGAAAGGCGACGUGAAGGGAGCGUUCCGGCACAUCAUGUUGAUCGCACGCAGUGUCCAUUGGAUGGGAGCACGCAUUGCACAACUGGGCGCUAUCAUCAUCGACAUGUCGGCCCCAUUCGGAUGGACGGGAUCUCCAGCCUUUUACGGGAUGUUCGGCGGAGCGAUAUCAUGGCUGCUUGGACGCGAGAUACUUGGUCCACGAGCCAUCAAUGAAGGAAAGUUUUCGGAGUGGAGCACGAAGGUAGAAGUUCUCGGGUUGGAGUUCGAUACCAUCCAGCGCACAGACUCGAUGUCACAGGCAAAGCUCUUGAAAGCCCAAGACCGCGUUCGAAAGACAGCCCAGAAGAAAAAACUGUCAAAGCACGAGAUGCAGUGUCUAUUGGGGAGCCUUCGCCACGUCACUACGUGUCUUAGGAGUGCAAAACCCUUCUACCAGCGCCUCCAACGGUCUAUCAACAAAGUUUCACGAUGGGGGAGCAUUGUGAUCGACGAGUCGACACGGCAAGACUUGGAAUGGUGCGACGUCAUCCUCACGCACGGGCGCUGGUGGUCCCUCCCGACAUCAAUGUUAUGCGCCGAACCCGCUAUCGAUGUCCAUUUGUACAUGGACGCCAGCAACGAGGGCCUCGCAGUUCUCGACCCCGCUCGACGACGGUAUAUCCAGUUGCUGUAUGACGAGCACGAGCACCAGCUAAUCGAGCAGACCUCCGGAUCAAAUGGGUUCAACAUAAAUGUCCGAGAACAGUUCUGCGUGGCGCUCGCAACAUGGAUCUGGGGUCACCAAUGGAAGAAAGACGGUGUACAUUUACUUCACGUGCGCUGCUGGACGGACAAUACCAGUGCAGCAGCCUGGACCAACAACCUGUACAGCUCAAACCAUUUCGCCCAAGAGCUGAACCGUGCUAUCGGGUUCGCAGAAGCAACCCUCGGACUAUGUAUUUCAGCUGGACACUUGCCUGGUGACUGCAACCUCCUUGCCGAUGCCGGGUCACCGGCGCGGACAGCAUCCCACGCGAGAAUAUGGACUAACGCAACUUCUUCGUGGACACAGGACAGCGAUCCGGAUCAAGUACGACACAUCUACAAAACGUUCUCGACGACCUACAGGCCCGAUUGCCGGAGGACCUCUGUGUCUUAUGCUCGUGCCCCGCCAUCCAGCAGUGGAGCAGCUGGUGCAACACACAAGGCUUUUCCCCGUGGCUGGCAGGUGAAAACGAAGCAGACUCUCAACAAUUGGCUGUUUCCCGAUGGCUCCCACACGACAACAAACCCGGAAAUGCUCCCAGCACUGUGUUGUCCAAACUCAGCCAAGUAUCAUGGUAUCAUCGCCGAUACCGAGGACUCAAGGUUGGGCUCCACGCGGGGCACCAGCUCGCUGUGCAAGGGAUGCUACGGCUGUCACCAC